UACUCUUGUCUCAACAAGUUCCUUUACGGAAUGUAUCAGCUUUCAAUUCAACGGACAGCAAUGAAGGCAGUUUCUUUUAUCGUUGUUUGUAUUCUUUUCAACGUUCUGAAUGUCUACUGUGAGAACCUAUCAGUCAAUGCAUCUCGUGUCUGCAAACCUGGACCGCCAGUCACAUUCAACACCAACAAGAAAUGUUUGGUUAUAGGAGACUCUGUCAGUAUUGGCUACACAUCAUGGGUUAAAUCAGCUCUAAAAGAUGUUUGUGACGUCUACCAUGCCCCCUGGGAUACAACCGACGGAGGAGCCCUGGAUACUAAAUAUGCCGUCAAGUGUCUCCAGGUAUUUUUAACCACAACAUUCCAGGAAAAAGUAUUCUAUGACGUCAUUGUUUUCAAUUUUGGUCUCCAYGACGCAGACUUUGAUUUUGACAAUCCCGAGGAAUACACGGAUUUCAGCACGUACAAGAAGAAUCUUGUAUCGAUCAAAGACGCUUUACUUGCAACAGGCAGUAAGAUUGGGUAYGUUCUGAGCACACCAGUCCCCUUUAAYGUGACAGCUAACAAUCGCGUCAAGUCUCUCAACAAUAUUGCAGUUGACGUCAUGUCUGGACAGCCUUCAGUUGAGUAUGUUGAUUUGUACAAUUGGGUUGUACUUGUUUGUGGUGAGCCGCCUUACAGUAGCUGUGAGAUCGCUUCGUCUCAACCAAGCCCUCACUACACACACGAUGGAUAUCAUUACCUGUCUGUCCUGGUUAAUGCUUUGUUUUCCAAUCUCUUGUUGGACAAGUCGCGAAGAAAUUAUGAAUUGGUCAAGAAUCAUGUUACUUUUCAAGACAAUGCCAUCAAGACAGAUGUCAAAGACGUGACGUUAGCAUGCAAGAAUAGCAAAGGACAGACCGUCACGAGGUGUCCUGRUAACAUGACUUGUAGCCCGAAUCGCUAUUCAGAAACAGGAUGGGGCUGUUGUCCUUUGUCAGACGCCGUAUCGUGCACUGAUGGAAAACAUUGCUGUCCCGCGGGAUUCGAGUGUGACGCGUCCUGCACAAGUGGUCUCUGCUUUUGUAAUAAGCUUGCUAAUUGGUUUUGGUAAAAGAGAACUGAUUGAUCUACCUGUCCCRUAAAUCAUUGAAAUUAUCUUAUCAACAAAUCAAAUCAAAACUGUUCAUUAAUCAAUAAAAACUUUCUAGGAAGCAGAAGAUCACUGAUUCGAGUUAUAGAUUGAAAAUGAGAGAGGCGCUCAAACAGAGUUUUGUGGAAAGAAAAAUCUCGGUGGUUGGGUUGGCUGCCUAUGCUAAGGCGUAAAAUYUUGUAAGGUUUUUCUAGCUUAGAGUUUUUAAUUUCUCUUAACAAUUAAUGGUUUGACAUGAAUUAAUUGAGAUGUUAUCUUAUGGAGCAUAAUAGAUUAUGGAUUUUUGAUA